CAUCGUCUGAGCACAUCGAACAGAGUAUUGCUGCUAAACGCGGCCUUUUGGUAACACUGAAGGACUUUCCACCGGCAAGUCUCGUGGUUUUCUAGGAUGAACCCCUGAACAGUUCCUGUUGCCUCGCAUGCAGCUCGCUCGAAAAGGGAACUCAACAGCUGGCGCAAGAAAGUGAGAAGGGUAGCGAUAUGGACCCUUUCGUUUUCUGAUUGUGGACGGAGAAAAUCACGAAGGACGUGGAAGGAAUGAUAGGAUUUCAGCCCGAUUUCGUGUUACUUUCAACCAGCGUUUCAUGAAACUCCAUUUUUUCGGGUCGCACCGCUGCCAAAGACGAGCACUCACGACGCUGGCGUGUGGUUGUAGGGGAACACUGCUGAGUUUCGCGCUGCAGAGCGCUCACACGUUUUCUCGAGUUCGUUUUUCAGUCUCAAUCCUUUAGAGGUUGUGCCGUGCGCCAUUCCAGGAGAGAGGCUGCACUCGAGCGCCGAGUGACAGCUCCCAAAGUAUGCCGGGAUACUUCGGAACUUGGGCGGGUUCAGAAGCAAAGAAAAAGCAACGUGAUGACCAGACUGAUAGGAGGAGUUGCGCAGUAGCAAUGUCUCGCGUUUACGUGUAUGUUCAAGGGUUAUGUGCGUCGAUACCACAUCAAUGAGAGGCGCUCCAGUUGGGUGGGUGUGGGAAAGUCGUUCACCUCCCGCGCCAGCUCCUGGAUCUGGUGGCUCGCGAGCUUGAGGUGCAAGUACUCCUCGAGCAGCCGUGCCAGAGUGUGGCUUCUCUAGAUCAGAUAGGCUCUCAGAGAUCCAUCUUCGACGAUGGCACCGGUUCCCUCCCACAUGGCUGACGCGGGAAAAGAAGACAGCCCGCAUCUCCGCGUCUCGCUCACGGGCUUCUUCUUCCUCACCUACCCUCUCUACACUAUCCAAAGCCGGACGCUCUGCGCCCCUUACCUCGUUCCCAUGUCAUACGUCGCGUUUCCCCCACCUCGUCAGGAUGCAUUCCUUCUGCGAGGGUACGAAAGAGACGCUUCCCCAGACCCGAGUCGAGAUUCGCCGUUUGUGCGCAAGGUUGUGCGGCGGCCUCUUCUUUCGCAGUGCGCUGUUGCCACUGUUGGUAGCCUCAACAUUUUCCGAUUCACUGCGGCUGCUGUCAAAACGGUGUAUGCAAAAGAGGGCUUCCUCGGUCUCUUUCGCGGAAUCGUUCCAGCAACUCUUCAUAUCAUUGCAAGGGAUGUUGUCGGCUUUUUCCUGCUGCGUCAUGGCUUGGCAUUUACUGUAGCAUGCUACCGCGCUGUCGCAGAUGGCACAACAGCCGUUUUGUCGUUUUUCGUCCCUUCACUUCUGUUUUCUCGCUCGGCGAUUUCCUCGACGUCGGCCGGCCGUACUCCGCCGCCUUCACAGUCGCCCGUGCGUUGCGUCGGCGCCGUCGUUAGCGCAGUAGAUGACGCGGCCUUGGAAGUCGACAGCCUCCGCGAUCCGAGUGAACAGGCUGCCGAGGUUGCAUCCGACAUUGCCAGUCUUACGCGGUCAGCGCUGGGGUCUUCUGAGAGUCUCCCUUUGUCUCUCGAAGUGCCCGGCUCGGAUCGUGCCGUCGUCGCUGCGGCUCCGCACCAAGGCGCUUGCGGCGCGCGGCGAGGUACUGCCACGGAUGCUCAAGACCCUCCACCUGCAGUUGGGUUUGUAGUCGACGCAGAACCCUUAGAAGACGAAACGGACGGACGAGCAGGGGCCGAGAUGAUCGGGGUUUCACGACUCUGGCCAGACACCAGAGGAAGAGAGAUCGCGCCAGUGAUUCUCAAGCUCCUGACUGAAUGUGCAGUGUAUCCGCUGUUGACGGUCGCAACGCGAAUGGUGGUGAUUGAGGGACCGCCGUAUUCUCCAACACUCGCCUCGCUGUCUUCGUUGUCUGCUUCCCUCCCAGCGCCGCUCGCGACGGUGUGCUCUUUCUUCGUCCCCAAAUAUUUGCACGUGACUAUGCUGGAAAUGGUUCGGUUGACGUACGCGGCAGACGGCAUCGGAGGGUUUUACGGGGGUCUUCUUCCGUUCCUCUUGUCCCGGUGUGUGGACGACAGCGUCCAAGCGCUGAUGCGUCUCUUCAUCGUCGACCUGUCAGGCCAAGGGGGCAAGAAGGGGGAAGGGAACGACGCCGCCUUCGGCGAUUCGCGCGCCUCUGCUGCUCUGCUGCAGAGACGCUCAGGCCCAGACAGCGAGUAUCCUCCCGUGUGGGCGACCAGGAUGUCUACGGAGCGGCGAGAAGACGAAGCGGGCACGCAAGUUGCCGCAGCGCCUCCGUUCGCCAGGAUAGAUCAGGCGGAUAGCUUCGAACCGGACGAAGAGGGAGCUUGUGACGGCAUCGAGACAGAAAACAUCUAUCAGAUACCCCGAGAGAGUGUGUCUGUUUUGAGACGAGGAUGUGGCAUUAGAUGCCCGCCUCACGGUGACGCCAGACGCAUAUUUGGCUCCAUGGGCCGGAGUGGAGAGGACGGAGAAGCGUUUCCUCUCGCAAACGACCGAGACGGCUGUCUCACCUCGCAGCAAGAUCUACUACAGCAAGGAGGGAGUGCCGCGAACCGAAGACUACACAUGUCUCAGACUGCAGCGUCUUCCUUGUGUUCACCAACAGGCGAAGGUGCUGGCGUGCGACAGCCAAGGGGUGGAGGGAGGAACCGAGGUGGAGACCGAUAUGACGGAAGCUCAUCUUUUUCCUUCGAAAGACAAGACCGAGAGCCAGUUGAUGUAGCGGAGUCUCUGAUGGAGAGCCACCUAGUACCGCCACGGUUCUCUUUCGGAAGCCCGUCCAUCUGCGACACCUCCUGCGUAGCCACAGAGAAGACCAACAGCUGUCCCCAGGGCGAACGAAACUCAAGUCGCUGGAGCCCCAGGCGAGUUACAGGAUAUGAGAGCAACAGACGUCGCCCACAAACAGUUGGAGAGAUCACUGGCGCUGGCAGCGCAGAACGGCCGGUAGCCUCAACGACUAGCCGGACUGACGUGAUAGACGACAGUCUGCAUCAAGUCGAAAUGUACACAAUGCGGGCUUGCUUCGCUGCGGUAUUGAGCACCGCGGUCACUCCAUUUUCGCAGCUAGCUCUCGUCCAGCGUUGUCAGUCGAAUCUCGAGGGGUUGUGCAUGCAUCGCUCAUGGCUGGACGUCCUGGCAGGAAUGCCGUGGAAGACUUUCUUCUUGCAAUUCGCGGUCUCCCUUAGCUUCCUCAUUCUCAACAGCUUGAUGGCGGCAACCCUGCACGAGAACGAGGCGAAGAGGAAGGUGAGAGAAGUGACUGACGAAGAAGGUGACGACUUUUUAAAGUCGGGUCUUUUCUGAAAUGUGUCUUCGUUACUCUUCGUUCUACUGCUUCGCCCACUUUUUUCUGUUUCGUGAAUUCUCUCGGGUUUGCAGUCACUUUUCUUCCGUCUCUGAUUGAGAGUUUCCUCUCGUCGCCUACAAACAAAAAUGGUUCUCCUGUCAUUUGUGACGUGCUCCCCAAAAAGGCAUAUCCGUGGAGACAGUAAAAGCGGUCCUCUCAUCGUCAUACUUGAGUAUGUAUUUUCUCUCUCGAUUGCGCUGUCUCCCUUUUGGGUCCCUUCUCUCUUUCCUUUGUCUUCCCACCAUGCGAUUAUUCUCGCGGGGUCACUUUGGAUUCACAGUGUUGUGUUCCACUAUUCCAGUUUGUGUCUGUGUCUCUGCCGGGCACGUCUUGUGAGGACCGGGGACGCUCUUUUUGAGAUGGGCUUGGUGCAGAAAGAAAAACCGCUGUCUCCACUAUCAUUGUUUUUUCCUCUGUCCAAUAGUCUUUUUUCUUGUUACCAGGAAUCGCGGGCCAGCUUGCGGUGUGUGUCGUAAUGCGUUGCAAUAUAUACCCUGGCGUCGUACGCGUUCUUGGCGUUCGUCGUUUCCUGCCGUUAGUUCACUCUGCUUCAAAGAAUUGAGAAGCUUUGUGGUUGGUUUCGGGCCUCUUUUCCGUUCGUUUUUAGCUCGGGGCUGUCGAUCGCCUCUGUCUGUGUGUGCUAGUGUGCACCCACGUUCACACAAACGCAUCGAGCUGAAGGACAACAGAACACAGGGAACCAGAGAAGAUAUGCUAGCAUAGGAAGAUAGAACAAAGAUGAAACUAUGCCAUAUUUCCAGGUGGGACAGCAAGAACCUGGCACUUGAAGAUGUAUGGGGGGAACUGCCAAAGUCAGCUCACUCAGACGCUUGUUCUGAGAGGCACGUGUUACGGUUUCUCAACUGAACGAAGCUACUGUCGAAAAAGCAGCUGUUAUAGGAUAGGGUCAAUUUAUCGAACACUCCCCGACCAUAAAACGGCAUUAUCACAUUUCUCAGAGAAUGAACUGUACCAUUUGUGCCCUAGAAGCGUCUAAGGUUUCCCUGCACGUCACGCGUAAAAGGAUUUAGAUCCUCCCAUCGGUACGCUGCGCCUGAGGAAGAUAGGGAGCAACCGAAGCAAGAUAGAAUGAACGGGACACAAGAAGGUUGAAUGGGGAGGGAAAAAACAAAUAAACGGAUUAGCAGCUACACAGGCGAUUCGUAAC